UCCCUUUCUUCCAUAACCCACCUAAACUUUCCAUGCAUGCAUGCAUUUCUAUUCCUAAAUUAUUAUUUUCAUCAUCGUCAUUACUAAAUUAUUAUUUUCAUCAUCGUCAUUGUUUGUAAUUCAGUUUUCUCAAUAUUUUCUGCCAAAUAUUGUAUCAUUGAUUUCCUUAAUCUUCAACCCAGUAACGAAUUAUAGGCGAUUAAUUACUGUGAAUGGAUUAUUGAGAGUGCACCUUGGAGUAGGUGAAGUAUGUUGUGUUGCGGAGGUGCAGAAGAAGAGACAAGCGGCCCGCCUGCAAACCAAUACACUGCACCGUCAAGAGGGGGUAACAACGCGUAUGGUGGAGGUGGAGGCAAUGAUAGAGGAGAGCCAAGGAGCAAUAUUACCAAAAGUGGUGGACCGCAAAAAGUAUUACCGAUCGAGAUACCAUCUAUAACAUUGGAUGAGUUAAAUAGGUUAACAGGAAACUUUGGUUCAAAGGCUUUCAUUGGUGAAGGUUCCUAUGGUAGGGUUUACUAUGCAAAAUUGAGUAAUGGUACUGAAGCUGCAAUUAAAAAACUAGAUACCAGUUCUUCGCCUGAUCCCGACACGGAUUUUGCUGCUCAGUUAUCAACUGUUUCAAGACUCAAGCAUGACAAUUUUGUGGAGUUGACUGGAUAUUGUUUAGAAGCAGACAACAGAAUUUUGGUUUAUCAAUUUGCAAGUUUGGGUUCUUUGCAUGAUGUAUUACACGGAAGGAAGGGUGUACAAGGUGCUGAACCCGGCCCAGUCUUAAACUGGAACCAGAGAGCGAGAAUUGCAUUUGGUGCAGCAAAAGGCCUAGAGUUUCUUCAUGAAAAAGUCCAGCCGUCUAUAGUUCAUCGCGACGUUCGAUCCAGUAAUGUGUUGUUGUUCAAUGAGUACGAAGCCAAGAUUGCUGAUUUCAGCUUGACGAAUCAGUCUUCUGACACUGCAGCUCGGCUUCAUUCUACAAGAGUCUUGGGAACAUUUGGCUAUCAUGCUCCAGAGUAUGCCAUGACAGGGCAAAUAACACAAAAAAGUGAUGUGUAUAGUUUCGGAGUUGUGCUUUUAGAACUCUUGACCGGAAGAAAACCGGUAGACCAUACAAUGCCUAAAGGGCAACAAAGUCUUGUUACUUGGGCAACUCCAAGAUUGAGUGAGGAUAAAGUGAAACAAUGUGUGGAUCCUAAGCUAAACAAUGACUAUCCUCCAAAGGCAAUUGCUAAGUUGGCAGCGGUAGCAGCACUGUGUGUUCAAUAUGAAGCUGAUUUUCGGCCAAACAUGACGAUUGUAGUAAAAGCUCUUCAGCCACUUCUCAAUGCAAAACCACCUGGUCCUGACCCUAAUGCUUGAUUGAAACUGUGAUGUCUUUGAAUUAUCAGAAUUCAUAAGAGUUGAGCUUAAAGUUGAACCUGAUUGCUUGUUCACCUAC